GUGACCAUGGAGGCUGGCGGGCUCCCUCUGGAGCUGUGGCGCAUGAUCUUAGCCUACCUGCACCUUCCCGACCUGGGCCGCUGCAGCCUGGUGUGCAGGGCCUGGUAUGAGCUGAUCCUCAGUCUCGACAGCACCCGCUGGCGGCAGCUAUGUCUGGACUGCAUCGAGUGCCGCCACCCCAACUGGCCCAACCAGCCUAAUGUGGAGCCUGAGUCUUGGAGGGAGGCUUUCAAGCAGCAUUACCUUGCCUCAAAGACGUGGACCAAGAAUGCCCUGGACUUGGAGUCCUCUAUCUGCUUUUCUCUGUUUCGCCGGAGGAGGGAACGUCGUACCCUGAGUGUCGGGCCAGGCCAUGAGUUUGACAGCCUGGGCAGUGCGUUGGCCAUGGCCAGCCUCUAUGACCGGAUUGUGCUGUUCCCAGGUGUGUACGAAGAGCAAGGUGAAAUCAUCCUGAAGGUGCCUGUGGAGAUUGUGGGCCAUGGGAAGCUGGGCGAAGUGGCCCUCCUAGCCAGCAUUGACCAGCACUGCUCAACCACACGCCUGUGCAACCUCGUCUUCAUGCCGGCCUGGUUCUCACCCUUCAUGUUUAAGACAACAUCAGGUCAUGUCCAGUUUGACAACUGCAACUUCGAGAAUGGGCACAUCCAGAUCCAUGGACCAGGCACCUGCCAAGUGAAGUUUUGCACCUUCAAAAACACCCAUGUCUUCCUGCACAACGUGCCCCUGUGUGUCCUGGAAAACUGUGAAUUUGUGGGUAGUGAAAACAACUCUGUGACUGUUGAGGGCCACCCAUCUGCGGACAAGAACUGGGCCUACAAGUACCUACUCGGGCUCAUCAAGUCCUCUCCCAGUGUGCUCCCCACAGAGAACUCUGACUCUUUAAUGUCUCUGGACCUGGAGAGCAGGGACCAGGCCUGGAGCCCAAGGACCUGUGACAUUGUCAUUGAGGGCAGCCAGAGCCCUACGAGCCCAACCUCUAGCUCCCCGAAGCCAGGCUCCAAGGCUGGCUCACAGGAGGCAGAGGUGGGCAGCGAUGGGGAAAGGGUGGCCCAGACCCCAGACAGCAGCGAUGGAGGCCUAAGUCCCAGCGGUGAGGAUGAGGACGAGGACCAGCUCAUGUACAGACUGUCCUACCAAGUGCAGGGCCCACGCCCUGUUCUGGGGGGGUCCUUUCUGGGCCCACCUCUGCCAGGAGCAUCCAUUCAGCUGCCCAGCUGCCUAGUGCUGAACUCGCUGCAGCAGGAGCUGCAGAAAGACAAGGAGGCCAUGGCACUGGCCAGCUCCGUGCAGGGGUGCCUCAUCCGCAAGUGCCUCUUCCGGGACGGGAAGGGAGGCGUCUUUGUGUGCUCCUACGGCCGAGCCAAGAUGGAAGGAAACAUCUUCCGGAACCUGACUUACGCGGUGCGGUGUAUACACAACAGCAAGAUCGUCAUGCUGAGGAACGACAUUCACCGCUGCAGAGCAUCAGGCAUCUUUCUUCGCUUGGAGGGCGGAGGCUUGAUCGCUGGCAACAACAUAUACCAUAACGCGGAGGCUGGCGUUGACAUCCGGAAGAAGUCCGACCCGCUAAUCCUGUGUAACCAGAUCCACCAUGGCCUUCGCUCUGGCAUUGUCGUCCUUGGCAAUGGGAAAGGCAUCAUCCGGAGCAAUCAAAUCUUUUCAAAUAAGGAAGCUGGCAUUUAUAUCCUGUACCACGGAAAUCCAAUCGUGAGCGGGAACCACAUUUUCAAGGGCCGUGCAGCCGGCAUAGCAGUCAACGAGAAUGGCAAAGGCCUCAUCACAGAAAAUGUCAUCCGUGAGAAUCAGUGGGGAGGCGUGGACAUCCGCCGGGGAGGGGUCCCCGUGCUCAGGAGCAACCUCAUCUGCUUUGGUUAUUCAGACGGAGUGGUCGUGGGAGAAGAAGGCAAAGGGCUAAUAGAAGGAAACACUAUUUAUGCUAAUAAGGGCUGUGGUGUGUGGAUGAUGUCAUCCAGCCUGCCCCACGUCACCAGCAACCACGUCAGCUACAAUGGCCUGUAUGGAGUGGCAAUGUUUAGCCAGAAGGAUGGUUCCGGUGAGUUCCCUGGAGGCCAUGGGGCCCAGGAGAACUUCAGUGAGGACGGGGACGCCAUCCUCUGGGAGACAGAGCUGGAGAAGGACGAUGACCCGCUGCGCCGGCCCAUCACCAUAGCUCUUGUUGAGUCUAACAGUAUUAACCACAAUGGAGCCUCAGGACUCUACGUCCAGAGCAGUGAGGCACUGCACAUCAUCACCAACGUGAUCCACGCCAACGGGGACAGAGGCAUCACUGUGGCCCAGAGCAGCCAGCUCACCCGUGUGGCUAACAACAGCAUCUCCUGCAACCGCCAGAGUGGGGUCAAGGUUGAGGCCCAGUGCAAGGUGGAGCUCCGGGGCAAUGGUAUCUAUGACAACAGAGGCCAUGGCAUCAUCACCAAGGGUGACAGCACCAUCGUCAUUGAAAACGACAUCAUUGGCAACCGGGGCAGUGGGCUGCAGCUGCUGCCCAGGUCUGACACCAAGGUAAUAAAGAACCGGAUCCAUUCAUUCCGUGCCUAUGGCAUCGCAGUGCGGGGCCGCACCAAGGCUCUGGUGCAGGAGAACAUCAUCUUCCAGGGCAAGACCAACAAGACCAUCUUCCAGCAGGUCUCAAACAACCACGAAUGCAUCAUGAAAAACAACAAGUUCUUGGUCUUCAAGAAAAAGUCUGACACAUGGCGCCUGGUGAACCCACCAGCACGCCCUCACCUUGAAAACUCUCUCCGAGGCCCCUCUGCAGCCCACAGUGGGCAGAAGGUAACAGCCAUGGCAACCAGGAUCACAGCCCGUGUUGAAGGUGGGUACCACAGCAACCGCAGCAUCUUCUGCACCAUCCUAUAAGGAUGGAGAGCCCGAGUGUGGUAACGCGCGCUGCCCAAAGACUGUUGGAGCACCAGCCACAUAUCCUGUUCUCAGACUCAGGUCUUGAGCCAAGCUGAGGUGAGGCCUUCAGGAUGGAAGCAGCAGUGCCUGAGAAGGAUCCAGGUCCUCCUCCUCACCACACCCCUGAAAAACCAGGCUCCUAAAGCCUCCAGGGACUAAGAAGAAGGUACCUCCAAAACCCUUCAGCUCCACAGCUCUCAGUAGGAAGGAACUUGGAAGUGUUUUCCAAGGAGAAAAAAGGAAUGGAUAUUGGUGGGUUUCCAGUCACUCAAGCUCUUGUAGAGGUUAUGAAGAGCUGGGGAAAACUGAUACUGAAGCUUUGGUCUGAGUUACAGCUUCUGUUUGAGUUACAGAGAGCUGUGUUUUACACACCAAAUCCAAGCUCUUCUCAGGGAAGAGAUUUACUCCUGAAAGAGGGAUGUGAUUCUAGUGAGGUGGAAAGAGACAGCUGCCCCAGAAUUUCCCCCUUUCCUACAUCUUUGUCCUGAUCUCUCCAGGGACACCGCCACACCCUCCCAGCUGCCGGCAGAGGCUGGAGAAGUUGUUUGGUUUCCUUAAGGACAUAGUUCUCAUAGACUUAGACAUGGACCUGUGAGGGAGGAAGGGGCUUUGCCUAGGGAUAAGGGACAUGCCCAAAACAGGAGGGGAGUGUAGAGGUUUCCUGUGAGUGGCCCAGGUGCCGAGCUGGGCAGUGCAGGGACGCAUAUGGCUCCACUCUACCCGCAAGGAGCUCCCAAACGCAGGAGGACAUUAGCUCGGUGGAUUCAAACCCCAAAAGUACACCCACGCCAGCUGCCCCUCCAGACUGGUGGAGAUGAAGGUGCCUAGGGCCCCUCAUCUGUGUCCAUGCUCCCAUGGUCAACCACCUGCCUUUACUGACCCCCCAUGGUUUCCACUCAGUGCCUUGGCUCAUGCUGUCCCCCUCCUCCUGGCAUGCGUGCCCUCCUCUCCAUCUGCACAUGGCCAGGGCCUCCCCAUUCUUCAAGGUGUAGCUCAGACACUGCCAUCUUCAAUGCUCUUCCCUGAGCCUCCCCUGCCUUUCUCUGCCCCUCAGGUACUGAGCACUCUCUGCCUUGGAGUUAUCCAGGUCCAUCCCUGUGCCACUCACCUGCCUAGGGCAGGUCUGUCUAUGUCCCCAGUCCCCAGCCCAGGCCUGGGGUAGAGCCAGUAGUCUGAGUGAGGAGAGGAAGGCCAGUUCCCAAAGAGAUUUACUGAACUGUACUGUGUGUCAAGGUCCCAGAGCCAGGUGGGCUCAAACCCUGCACUGACUUCUGGAGGAGGGGGCUGGAUGUAGGACCUGAACCAUCCCCCUCCCACUCAACCUUUCCUGUGGGGCCUCCAGCAGCCUGUUGGGGUCGCUGUCUGCACCUCACCAAUGGCUUCCCACGCUGGUUCCACCAGGCCCUCGGUGCUGCUCUCCCAGGUCAGGUGGGAGGGGGCGAGGGAGCCAGGAGCAUGGCCUCUCCUUGAGGACUUUGGGCACAAGAGCACUGGCCCCUCCUGUCUCAACACUGUCCUUUGCACUUCUCUGGUGGCCCCAAUGUGAGUCGCUGUAUAAAAUGCUGCCUUUAUUAUUUUGUAAGCAAUGACUUUUUUGUGAACCAAGUGCGUAUGAAACUCUCAGCAACUAAAAUAAAGUUCUAUAUUUUAAAA